CACCGUUUCCGGUCCUCUUUUCAGCUUCCCGUGCAACAUGACCAAGAAAAGGAGAAAUAACGGUCGUGCCAAGAAGGGCCGUGGCCAUGUUCAGCCCAUCCGCUGCACCAACUGUGCCCGAUGUGUCCCCAAAGACAAAGCCAUCAAGAAGUUUGUCAUCAGGAACAUUGUGGAGGCGGCAGCCGUGAGAGAUAUCUCAGAGGCCAGCGUCUUUGACUCAUAUGUGCUACCCAAGCUCUACGUGAAGCUGCACUACUGUGUUAGCUGUGCCAUCCACAGUAAAGUGGUGAGGAACCGCUCCCGUGAGGCCAGGAAGGACCGCACCCCACCACCCAGAUUCAGGCCCGCUGCUGGUGCACCAAGAGCUCCUCCAAAACCAAUGUAAAGCAGAAUCUGAAGAUGCUGUACACCUGAAGAUAAAAUAAAAAAACAUAAACCUCAAUGAAUAAAGCUUGUCAAUCUGUG